AUGGAGAGAUUUCAUCCUUCAACUUCAAAUUCGAAACCAGAAAAAAGAAUUAAGGAGAAAAACAGAAGAAAUCACUUCAAGAAUCUCUAUUCUCAGCUUUACUCUCUUCUUCCAAGUGACAUCUCCAAGGAAGUUUUGCCUGUGCCUGAUAAGAUAGGCGAGGUGAUAAAUUACAUCAAGAGCAUGGAGAGAAAGCUGGAGAAUUACAAGCAGAUGAAGCAGAAGUUGCUGGGCAGAAAAAGACGAUAUUCAUCUACCAAGAGCUCAGAGUUGACUAAUGUUAAAGUUCAUGAUAUGGGACCUGACACGGAUAUGAUUUUGAUCAGUGGACUGAAAGAACCAGCUUCAUUUUAUGGCAUUAUUCACCUGCUUCAAGAAGAAGGUUUUGAGGUUGUCAACGCGAACUUUUCCAACGAUGGAAACUCAAUGCUUCAAGUAGUUCAUGAGAAGGGUGGAAUAUCAACAUCCAGCAUUGGAACUACAGAAAUAGCCAAGAGGGAGAGGUUAAAAGAACUGAUCUAUGGCUAUUCACACGGCGAAGAGGAAUCAACAGUAGACUUGUGGGACUUUGAAGUUGAACCUGAUCUCUUAGCUUCUGGCUUUCUUGGACCAUUGCCAGCAGGAGAGUUUUCUUUUCUGCAGCAACAUUAA